AUCAAAUCUUCCGAAAGACCAAACCAACCCCCAUAUCUCUCUAAGUUUCUACAAGUGGGGAAAGAAUCCAUUUGGGUUUUGACCUCAAAUCCCAGUAUAACAUCAUCAUUGCACUCUAAUUGGGUAUUUUGCAUCCUGUAAACCCUAUCUCUAUACUUCAAAAUUGUGAAGUUCAAAUUAAAAAUUAAAAAUAGAGUAGAUUGUGUGAGACCAAGAUCUUUAUUGAUAGAGAGUGUUUACAAUAGAGGGAGAAUGAUAGUGAAAAAUAAUCUACCUCCUUAGGUUGAUCUUAGAGGUAUUUAUAGGAUGCUUAGAUACAAUUAUUCUAGGAAUACAAUUUUAUUUAAUUGGUGUUUGGGUAUUCUUAUCCUAUCAGGAUUUAUUCUAUCCUUAUAUUGAUAGGAUUGUCUCUAGAUUGUCUACACGUGUCCUAAUUAUUAUAGGACUUACUUUUAGGGUAUAACACUAUGAUUUACCCAGAAAGGAAUGAGUUAGAGAGAGAAGCCCUGCCAACUUUGGUACGGACCUCCAGGAGGAAGCACAUUCUCGGCUGGGAUUUUCCACCGUCUUCCUUCUGCCCCCAAUCCCCUUCUCUAUUUGCUGUUUUCAAACUUCUGUAUCCGGACAUACCGCGCCUAUGAUGUUUUGUUUGCUGGCCUGUUUCGUACUGGGGCUUUCUCUCUGACUUUGUAAUCUGCCAGCUGGACUAUAAAAUUUUGGCAAAACC